AUGAAAGCAGGUCCAACUCCCAUUCACCUGUUCCCUCUUCAUAAUGGCGUGCCUUUUUUGGAGGAUGUGCUGGAUGAGGAAGCCCUAAUUAUCAGAAGAGCAUUUAGGCGUGAGAGAGUCUUCCGGGACAGGUCGGACCCAUUGGCGUUUGAGGAUGACCAUCUCAUUGAGAGGUAUCGAUUCUCGGCUGAUGGGCUAAGAUAUUUAUGUAGGCUGCUGGGGCCAAAAAUACAGCACCAGACAGCACGAAGCCAUGCCCUCACUGUUCCACAGAUGGUUUGUGUUGCACUGAGGUUCUUUGCAAGUGGGAGCUUCCUUUAUUCUGUUGGGGAUGCAGAGAACCUCAAUAAAGGAACAGUAUGCCGCACAAUAAGACGUGUUUGUCUGGCACUGAAGUCUCUUGUGCAUGUAUUCAUAACCUUCCCUGGCCACAGAAGACCCCUAUACAUUAAGGAGGAGUUCUACAAGAUUGCAGCUUUCCCUAAUGUCAUUGGUGCAGUGGAUUGCACUCACAUAAAAAUCAAACGUCCAUCAGGGGAACACGAGGGGGACUUUAUCAAUAGAAAAUCCUUCCACAGCAUCAAUGUUCAGAUGAUCUGUGAUGCUGACUGCCUUAUCAGCAACAUAGAGGCAAAAUGGCCUGGCUCAGUCCAUGACUACAGAGUCUUUCGUGCGAGUCCAAUUUAUGAGAGACUCUCACAAGGUGAAUUCUCUGGUGUGCUGCUGGGAGACAAAGGCUAUGCCUGUGAGUCCUUCUUAUUGACUCCCCUUGCAGACCCCCAAACCUCACCACAGCAGGCCUACAACCAUGGUCAUGCAAAAACGAGGGCUCGAAUUGAGAUGACCUUUGGACUUGUUAAGUCCAGAUUUCAGUGCCUUCAUUACCUGAGGGUUUCCCCGGAGAGGGCCUGUGAUCUGAUUGCAGCAUGUGCAGUGCUGCAUAACAUUGCAGGCCUGAGAAAGGAGAGGGCCCCCCGAAUGGCAAUUGAUGAUGAAUGGGAAAAUGCUGCCAUUUUCCCAGACAACAGAAAUGGCAGGCUUGUCAGAGAGCAUUACAUUGAGCAUUUUUCCAGUUAG